GUGGUAAUCAGACGAGGAUGACAUGAUCACGUCACAUGCGAUAACCUCCAAUCAAACAAGACGCCAACCGAAUCAAAUCACAUGCCAGCGGCGAGGAUUAUAAGAAAUCAAUCGCUCGUGGAGUGUCAUUUCUAAUCCCUAGAGAGAGAGAGAGACUCCUACUCGCUUCUCUCACCUCAACCACCAAGAACAGGAUGGAGAGCUCCAACGGCAAGCCAACGCAGGGCAAGGAGGAGGGCAAGGCGGCGGCGGCGGAGGGGUCGAUCGGAGGGUACGAGUCGCUGCACAGGCUCCUCCAGUCCAACCUCUCCCCCGAGCUCUUCAAGGAGGCAAGCCGGCUGCUUCUGGGGCUGAAUUGUGCACGCCCUCUUGAGGCCAUUUCACUGCCUGGGGCCACAACAGAUCUUGCAGAAGCGCAUGAUUUUGAUGUGCAGGCAUUCCGUUUUAAUGCUGACAAAGAACAGAUGAGGCAGCCACGAAUUGUUCGAGUUGGUCUGGUUCAGAACUCAAUUGCUGUUCCAACGACUUGUCAUUUUGCUGAACAAAAGAAGGCUAUCAUGGAGAAAGUAAAACUCAUCGUAGAUGCAGCUGGUGCUUCUGGUGUCAAUGUCUUGUGCUUACAGGAAGCCUGGACAAUGCCUUUUGCCUUCUGCACGCGUGAAAAACGGUGGUGUGAGUUUGCCGAGCCUGUUGAUGGAGAGUCUACUCAAUUCCUUCAAGACCUUGCACAGAAAUAUAACAUGGUAAUUGUUAGCCCGAUCCUCGAAAGGGAUAUAAACCAUGGAGAAAUUAUAUGGAAUACCGUUGUUGUAAUUGGAAAUAAUGGCAACAUAAUUGGCAUUCAUCGGAAGAAUCACAUCCCAAGAGUUGGCGACUUCAAUGAGAGCACAUAUUAUAUGGAAGGUAACACGGGGCAUCCGGUGUUUGAAACAGCUUAUGGCAAAAUUGCUGUAAACAUCUGCUAUGGCAGGCAUCAUCCCCUCAAUUGGCUUGCAUUUGGCCUCAACGGAGCUGAAAUAGUUUUCAACCCAUCUGCAACUGUUGGUGAACUCAGUGAACCAAUGUGGCCUGUUGAGGCAAGGAAUGCUGCAAUUGCGAAUAGCUACUUUGUCGGAUCAAUUAACCGGGUAGGCACAGAGGUAUUCCCGAACGCAUUCACCUCUGGUGAUGGGAAACCUCAGCAUGCCGACUUUGGUCAUUUUUAUGGAUCCAGCCAUUUCUCGGCGCCUGAUGCUUCUUGCACCCCGUCGCUUUCUCGGUACCGAGAUGGCUUGAUGAUAUCUGACAUGGACCUCAACUUAUGCCGCCAGAUAAAAGACAAGUGGGCCUUCCGCAUGACUGCUCGAUAUGACAUGUAUGCCAACUUGCUUUCAGAGUACAUGAAGCCAGAUUAUAAGCCCCAAGUCAUCUCUGAUCCAUUGAUUAAUAAGAGGAAGGCAUAAUUCUGGAUCGGUUGGGUCUACAGACAUGCAUAUUCUCUUUGUUCACAUAUGUUGUAUAAAAAUAAAGUGUACACAUUUUGAUUAAGUUUCCUUAGUCUGCUUUACUCAAAUGUUGGAAACAUACAUAUUCAUUAUUUUGUGAAUUUCCAAGAAAAUGUUCCUUCAAUAAAAAUA